CUUAUCAUAUUCGACAAAUCAAACCCAUUCUUUUCACACAUUUUACUCUUUAGAGCUCUUCAACCUUGUAUCUUCUCAAAGUAUCAAACCUUUCCUAACUCAAAAUCAUGUCUGUUUCAUUGCCUUUACUCUUAUACAUUCUCUUUGCAUCCACUGUUAACGUUCUAGCUAUCACCCAACAAGCAAAAGACUUAGUCCCAUGCACAAUGUGCGCCGAGUGCGAGAACCCAUGUCAACCCCUGCCACCUUCCCCUCCACCUCCAUCGCCACCGCCACCAGUGGUGGAGUGCCCUCCACCACCGUCACCGUCACCACCUCCACCGUCACCUCCGCUUCCACCGGCGAUAGUUGAAUGUCCACCACCACCAGAGAUGCCAUGUCCAGAUAAUUGUGAAAUACCAGAAGGACCACCCCAGGCACAAUAUCCACCCGCAGGUUACUUUCCAUCAGGAACACCUUAUCAAUACUAUGUUCCAGGUAAUGUGAAGAAUAGCGGUGGAAAGAUGAAGCCAUAUCAGGGGAUACUCUUCUCCAAUUAUCUGAUUUCUUACUCUCUCUAUUUCACCAAGUUCUUCAUUUAUGUGGCUUCUAGUUGCCUUCCUUAUUACUUGUUUAAUGUUUAGCUUAAUCAUCGUGGUUGGUAGCAGAAGAAAAGAAUGAAAAAUAAAACUCAGUGCUAGCUCGGUUCCCCUA